CCUGGUCCUCUGGUCCUCGUCUCCCCCCUGCUGGACUGACAUUCCCCCCCUGAAGGAGCAGAGACUGGUAAAGGGGCUGCAUCACGGCGGGGCCUUUUUUACUCAUGCAUGUUUGUGGGGACACGGAGGAAGCGUGAAGCCUGCUCACGACGGCGUCUUUGACAGCCAUUGUUUACAAAGACGCCCCCCCGGGCCCCCCUUCUUCUUCUUCUUCUUCCCCCCAAGACGGAUAACGGAGCGUAGAAACGGACAAAUGUUGCGUCCGCGCCGCUGCGCCGCAACGCAACCCGCGGACCAGCGCCACAUUGUUUCAGAGUUUCCACGUUGUUCGGUCAUCAGAGGCUGGUGCCUCCUCCUGUCCUCCUCCCCUCCUUCCAUCCUUCCCGACCAUCCGUCCGCCAUGUCGCAGGGUCAGAACUUCCUUCCCAAAUUCCUUUUCGUCUCCAACCUGCUGAAAGCGGUGAAGAUCCGUCAGCGAGUGCCCAACGACGUGGUGAAGCCCGCUGCUACCGGUGGCCUUAUGCACCACCUGCGGGGAAUGCAUCGCUACACACUGGAGAUGAUCGCCAUGAACCACUUCCCGCAGGCCUUCAGGGAGGUCGUACAAGCUGCCAUCCUGGACCGAGCCAUGCAGGCCUCAUUGGAGCAGGAGAAGAAGCUCAACUGGUGUCGAGAGUUGAAGAAGAUGGUGCCAUUACGCACCAAUGGAGAUGGGAACUGUUUGCUUCAUGCAACCUCUCAGUACAUGCUCGGCGUUCAAGAUACGGACCUGGUGCUUCGGAAAGCUCUCCAUAGUGUUCUGAAGGAGACGGACGCUGGCGUGUUUAAGGCUCGCUUCCAGGCGGAGCUGCUGCAGUCCCAGGAGUUCACCCAGACGGGACUCCGAUACACCACCAUGAACUGGGAAGAGGAAUGGGACAAGAUUGUGAAGAUGGCAUCUCCAGUGUCUAGUAGUAAUGGCCUCCAGUUUGACUCUCUGGAGGACAUUCACAUCUUCAUCCUCUCCAACAUCCUCCGCAGACCCAUCGUCGUCAUUGCCGACCAGGUGGUCAGGAGUAUGAAAUCUGGCUCCUCCAUAUCUCCUUUGAACGUGGGAGGGAUUUAUCUGCCUCUACACUGGCCGCCCACAGAGUGCUACAAAUACCCAAUAGUGCUCGGCUACGACUCCCAGCACUUUGCACCUCUCAUCACCAUCAAAGACAGCGGCCCAGAGAUACGAGCGGUACCACUGAUCAACCCAAGACGGGCGAGCUUUGAGGAGCUGAAGGUCCACUUCCUGAUGGAGAAGGAGCAGCAGCAGAAGGAGAGGCUUCUCAACGACUACCUGCACCUGAUAGAAAUCCCGGUCAUAGGCCUGGGCCACGACACCACAUGGAUCAUGAAAGCUGCACGGCUGGAUGAGGGAAACCUUCCUGAAGACAUGAACCUAAUGGAGGACUACCUGCAGCUCGUCAACCACGAGUACCAGCGAUGGCAGGAGGACAAGGAGCAGGCGUGGGCCGCCCAGCCACAGCGCCCGCCACCUUUCUCCGUCUCCCAGCUCUCUCUCAUUGAAAUCCGCUGCGCCACACCACGGUGCACCUUCUACGUGUCCGUGGACACGCAGCCUCAUUGCCACGAAUGCUUUGAGAAGCGACAGGCCACGUCUGGUGGAGGAACGAGGAUAGAAGGGGUGAUUCAGACCAAGGGAGCAGGCGUACAAGGUGGAAUAGUGAUGGGAGGAUCGGAGGUGAGCUCCAGAGGAGCCCGAAGCAGCAGCCCCCCGUGCUCUUCUUCUGGGAGAGGGGUGGUGUUAUCCAGUCCACGGUCCGCUCCACCCACUGCUCCCAGCCUCAGUCUGUACAGUGAAACUCAUGCCAUGAAGUGCAAAACACCCGGCUGCCUCUUCACCCUCAGUGUAGAGCACGAUGGACUUUGUGAGCGCUGCUUCAAUGCCAGGCAGAACCAUGCACCCCCUGCAGCUGGAACAGCUGCUGCUACAGGACUCCCGGGCCCCAACGGGGGGCCGACGGUUCCACAGGGUUCUGGCUGGACUCAGUGGGGGGGCUGCGACGCGGAGACUGAGCGAUGCGGCAUGUGCAGACAGGAGGCGUUCAGGAUAUUUAAUGGCCUGUGUCCACCCUGCAUGCAGAGACAGCAGGCUCCGGAGAGGGGGGAGCCUCAGCAGAACAAUCCCAGGACUGAGGCUUCGUCCUCUGCUUGGAACCAGACGAGAGACUCUGAACGGCCAUGCCUCACCCUGACCCCAGGACACGCGUCCGCCUGGAAGACCCCCCUGGCCCGGCUUUGUAAAAGAUCUGGCUGCCAGUUCUUUGGGACAGCAGAGAAGUUGGGUUUCUGCACUAUUUGCUACGUAGACUAUCAGACCAACCACCACUUGACUCCUCCUCCACCCCCAGUCCAGACUCGGCAUGGUGUGGAGACAGGGUUCCAGAACCCCACUCGGUGUCGUGGGGCUGGAUGUGGCGCAGUGGGCAAGACGAUGCUGGAAGGCUACUGUGACAAGUGUUACGUCAAAGAGCAAAGCGCGCGUCUUAACCAAGUGGCGCAUCGCACGCAGCAGUCGCCUCCACCGGUCAUGCGUGAACGAGCAGCCAAACCCAGAUCUUCACAACAAUCCCAGACGCAGACGCAGACGCAGACGCAGACCCAGACCCAGACCCAGUGUCGACGGAGCGGCUGCAGUAACGUGUCCCCGGGUUGCACAGACCUCUGCCCGGAGUGCCACACGCGUGGCCAGGGCAGGGAGGCGGGCAGGCGGGCGCAGGCGCCCAAGGAGAAGUCGAAGCAGCGCUGCCGGACGCAGGGAUGCGAUCACUAUGCCAACCAAGAGAAACAGGGCUACUGUAACGAGUGUGACCACUUCAAACAGAUUUACCGUGGCUGAACUGCGUUACGCACCACAGCACGCAAUGACGAUGGUGACACAUCGCGAUAGAGCCGCUGCCCUGCUGUGGGCUCUCCAUGCCAAUCAAUGCACCUCUGAUACUAACUAACCAACUAACUAACUAGCUAGUAACUAACUAGUAACCUUAUGGCCUGAAAAUCAACUCCUCCCCCAUGUAGAAUGUGAAGAGAGCGUGUGUGUACGUGGGGGGUGGUAUGUAUGUGUGAAUGUGUGUAUGUGUAUGUGUGAGAGUGAGUGUGUGUGUGUGUGUGUGCAUUUGCAGUAGACAUGGCCUCCAGAAUACCUCUUUGUGCAAUUAUUAUCAUCUGAUUUGCCAUGUUCUCUGACACGGUAAGAGGUUUGGCGACAUGUCAGAGCAACUGACUUAACCCAUGUGUACAAUAUGUAUUUAGAGGUACGUGGUGGAUCGUGCCGGACAAAAUGAUUGUAUGUCGACAUAACAAGAAGCAUCUGACAUUGCUUUCUAGACCACAGCCAAGGAUUUAUACCCUCUGUCUGUCUGUUUGUCUGUCAGUGUGUCUGUUUUAACCCAUCUGUGUAUCUGCCUGCCUGUCUGUCUAGCUCCGUAGAGCGAGGGCUGCAGUCGUUGGGCAAACCCAACAACAAAUCAGUGGAAGUAGUGAGAGGAAGUGAGCUAAAGUGGGCCAAAGCAAAGCAAGUUAAGAGGUUGAAAUCAAAAAUAUUUUUAUUUCCUCUUCAAACAACGAUUUGUCAGACGGGGGAUAAAUGCAGAUUGCAUUCAUAAUUCUAAAAUGCUACAAAAAUACAAUUUUCAUCCAUUAGUGGUGUAAGUUUAUGUUUUCAGGCAAAUCAGCUUAAGUAUUGUGAUUUCUCUAAGUUAACAAUGUAAAUUGCUUGCUAUGGAAAGUAUAAACCAACCAUUUGUCGAAAUUGUUGCGUGACGGACAGGGCAGGCCCCUGCUAGAUCUGGUGCUACAUGUACAGAAACAAAAGCCUCUCCAUUGUAGCCAACACGCUAGUGGUUCCAGCAGCCCGAAGGCAGAGAGCAGCGUAGAGAAGGACUCUUUCUAUUCCUCCUUUCCUUUCUCUAAUUUCCUCUUUUUUUCUGCAAAACAGAUCUGUUGCCUUGGACAUUGUUUUAAUGUUUACUUAACGACUUAAAGCACCUAGAAACGCAUACAAAACACACACGUGAUUGCCCGCACAUGCACACCCAAGUGUAGCAUUGCUGGUCCUGUCAGACGGGGAUUUCCAACAAUAACACAAAUUUGCGAAGUAAGGAAAACAUACCAGUCUGGAUAAUUAUCCAGCUCACCACCACAUAUGCACACACAUACAUGCAAACUCAGCUUUGCGAGAUUGUACGCCACAACAAGGCUGAGGUGAUGUGUAAGUAAACAAACCUGUAAAGAGAUGGAUUCCUCUCUGCUCCACCCUGCUGGAUGCGCCAAGGUGACAAUUUCAAAACUUCAGACAGCAAUCCUGUUGCCUGCUUUGGCGAAUCUUGUUUAUCUGAAUGUGUUUCGUGCUGUUUCUACAUCAGCACACUAUUGGGGCUGAUCCCCGAUAAGUUUUGCCUUUAAGUAGUCAUGAAGUUUUAUGGACCAGAGGGGCCUGAUCAGUGAUUAUAGAUCAGUGGUCCCAACUUUAAAAUGCUUUUUGUGAAUAUGGAUCUUAGUCCAUAUUGUAGGACCUUCCAACCCAAUGCCUCAUCUUCAAACUUACACACACAACGCACCUAUGUGUGCUUCUGGAAAACACAAAAAACUGACAUUCCUGUUUCCUUUUGGAUUUUUUUUUUUUUAAUGUAUUUUGAUAUAUAUUUAAUUUUGUUUCUGCCAAGAGUAAAAAAAAAAAAUGUUUAAAAAAAGAAACGUGCCAUCAAUUGCCAAACAGUUGUUGUUACCUCCUUAAAAUGGCCAGCCUGGGUUAUUCUAGAGUGCUACAGAUAGACAUCUUCAAUUCUCUGUAACCAUACGGUGGACCUUAUCAGACUAUCUUGUGAAACCCCCAAAUGGAAACUUUUUUUUUUCCACAAUGUUCUAUUUUAUUCAAGUAAAAAUUUAUAUUUAUUUGCAUUCUUAACCUCAAACUGAAAAUAUUCAUCAGACAAAAAAAUCUAAAGUGAUAUAAGCUGCAGCAGUAACUUCCCUCAAACCUCUGCUGAACCCCUCAGCUGCUGUAGAUGUCCAUCUGUGGCUCUAGUUAAUAAAAUGACACACGGGCUCUCGGUCUGCCUUUUCAUUCAACUGUAAUCUAAAGCUGUCAGGCCAGUCCACACGCUGACGGCCUGUGUGUAGAUCUCUAUGUGCUUUAAUCACCUCUAGAUGAACCUUAAUCAAUUAAAGGCCAAUUAGUGGUCAGCUCAUCAAGAUCCCUUAACAAGGUUUUGGGGCUCUGAAUGAGUUUGCCUGAGAGGAGAUCAUAUAAGUUGCACAUGACUUGUCUAAGCUGCUGAGGCAUUUAGGAAUGGUACUCGGACUUGUAUCGGGACAUUCCAACAGAAGAGCAUCGGCUUACGAGCAGAAGGUGUAACAAAACAUGCAAACGGUGUGGAAGUUUCUUUUGACAAUAGGGUAUUGUAUGAAAAAAAAGCCUGGUUUUAUUUGUUAAGUAUUUAUUCAUAUCAAGAUAUCUGUAUUGUGUGAUUUAAUGCUUAUUUAUAUGUUGUCCUGAAAUGAAUUAUUUUUAUUAAGAAA